CAGCUAAUCCCACCACUUCAUUACCUGCCUGUCCUCCAGCCCUGUCACCAAUCUCUGGGAUGAGUGUGUGCUGAACUGAACAUUGAAGGAUGUUUAGCUGGGUGGUGAAAGUUGUCCCACAGCCUCCUGAAAAACCUGGAAAACUUGCAGAUGAAGAGAAAAACAAUGCAGCUCCAGAGGCAACUGUCAAAGAAGAAGCAAAAGCAGCAGACAAUCCUGUUAAGCCGAAAGAGGACGAAGUCUCUGAAGAAAACAGUACUCAGAGUGGAGUUUUGACCUGGCUGUCUCACGGCUUUAGCAGCGCCCUCCCCCAGCCUGUAUCCACCCCCAAACUGGGCAGAGCAAACUCGGAUGCCAAGCAGGAGGAAAAUGCAGUAAGCAACAGUAAAGCGGGUGAAGAGGCCGGAGUGAUGAACUGGAUUGUGCAGGGCUUGGGCAAGGUGGUUCCUCAACCGGAUGACAAGUACAAACAGCAAACAGACUCACAGGAGGUCACUGAGGCUCCAAAAGAGGUACCAGAGGCACAGGAGAAGCCUGCUGUGCAUGAUGCUAAAGACAUAGCAGAUGCUGAGCCUCUCCCACAAAUCGCUGUGGUGGAGGUAGUUUCUGAUGAAGAGACUGAUGGAGAUGGCAAGAACUUAACUCCAAGGGUGAUGGAGUGGAUAAAGCAUGGUUUUGAGAAGGUGGUUCCCCGGCCUUCUCCAGUGCACAGCCCAGAACCUCCUAAGAAGGAAACUUCUGCCCCAGAACCACCACCAGGUACAGCACCAGCACCUGCCCCCUCACCAGAAGAGCCACCCAAAGCGGAAGAGGGGACCAAAGGAGGCACAGCUGUGGAAGGAGAAACCAACAUGGUUGGCUGGAUUGUACAGGGACUCAGUCGCAUUGUGCCACAGCCUGUUCUGAAACCAAAAGAGGAGACCUCAGAUGCUGUUCAGAGCAUUUGCAUCAUGCAGGACCCAUCAGACAUGGUGCUGGAGGAGGUGGACUCAGACUGGGAGAAGCAGCAGAAGGCGCAGAGAGAUGCUGAAGCAAAGAAGCAGGGAGACCUGCAGGGAGUGCAGAGCAGCCCCCUGCUGGAGGCCCUGCCCAGAGUCCUGCCUGAGGUGUUGGCCAUGGAUCAGGAGGACGCUGAGACCCAGACUGAUGGCUGGACCCCGCUGGUGGAGAACAUCAAACGCAAGGCUGAGGAAGCUGCCAUGGUCUCCAUGCAGGAGAGGCUGGAGCAGGAGCGUUUGGAGGCAGCACGGAUGGCGGAGGAAUUGGCCCUCCAGGCUGCAGAGCUUGCAGUCAGACAGCUGGAGGAGGAGCACACUGGACUCAUCAACAUGGAGCCCGAAAUGUCUGAACCAGACAGCGGAGAACAACUGUCCAAUAUCCAGGAGGAAGAGAAUGAAGAAGAUCCAGAGUUGCAGCCACUGCGUGAGGAGAGUGAGGAGGAGAGUGGAGAUAGUCAAAACGCUGAUGCAGAUAUUAAGAGAUAUCUGGUGGAUGUCUGCCCAGCCGAUGAGCUCGAAGCCCAUGAAACUGAGGAUACAGUGGAUAGCCCCCCCAGGGCCGAGUCACCAGAGCCACCGAAGACAGCCCAACCAGAGCCUGCCAGAGGGGAACCUGCGCCAGCGAAGAGGGCUUCAUUACCUGUAGUGACCACCCAGCCUCAACCUGCUGCUUCAGACCACUCACCUCAAGCUGGUGUCCAGGAAGAAGAGACUCAAGGAGAGGGUUGUGGAGAAUUUCCUCAUGUCAACAUAGAGGAGGUUGAUGGUGGAGGCGCUUCCGCUGUUCCCCAAAUCGUCGAACCCCAAGAGUCAGAUGGCUCCAACCUCACUGUACCUGUUACUGAACUGUCCAAACGCAGCAAAGCUGUGGGCAUAGAGACAAUGUUGAACGACAUGGACACGCCUGGUUUGCUGACUGUUGAUGAAGAAGAACGGCCUCUCUCUGCAACCAGUCAGACCAGUGUUGUGGUGAAUGAACGACUGCAGGAGUUGGUGAAGCUGUUUAAGGAACGAACAGAACGAACUAGAGAGAGACUGGUGGACCCAGAUGAGUCUGACGAGGAAAGCCCCUCAGCAUCACCUGCUAAAAAAGCUGAUGCUCCACCGCCGCCGCCACCACCUCCUCCUCCUGACGAGGAAAAGAAGGAUCCAGCAGAUGGCGAGAAAGCAGAAGAGGAAAACUUCCUGGAGUUUAUGGGCUACCAGGUCAAAUUGCCCAAAAUGCCUAAAAUGCCCGACUGGCUAAGAGCAAUAGUGGAGUACCGCUUCCCUUCCAGCAUCGAUCCGUACACUGAUUUGAUCUAUGUCUUAUGGCUGUUUUUGGUAACCUGUGCAUGGAACUAUAACGUGUGGUUGAUCCCGGUGCGCUGGGCCUUCCCCUACCAAACACCAGAGAACAUCCACCUGUGGCUGCUGGCCGACUACCUUUGUGACAGCAUAUACAUCCUAGACAUCCUGGUGUUCCAGCCCAGACUGCAGUUUGUCAGAGGAGGAGAUAUUGUGUGUGACAAAAAGGACAUGAGAGAAAAUUACAUGCAGACAGAGCGAUUUAAGAUGGAUAUGAUCAGUUUGUUCCCACUUGAGAUCCUGUACUAUUUCACUGGAGUUAAAUCUGUUUUACGCUUCCCUCGCAUUCUUAAGUACCAGGCAUUCUUUGAAUUCAAUGAUCGCCUUGAGGCCGUGAUGAAAAAAGCCUACAUUUACAGAGUGAUCCGCACAUCUGCAUACUUGCUCUACUCGUUGCACUGUAACGCCUGUCUGUUUUACUGGGGCUCUGAUUAUGAAGGCUUGGGCUCCACCAAGUGGGUUUAUGAUGGCAGAGGCAACAGUUAUAUCCGCUGCUAUUACUUUGCUGUAAAAACUCUAAUCACCAUUGGAGGCCUGCCGGAUCCCACCACUGUGUUUGAAAUCGUCUUUCAGCUGGUCAAUUACUUCGUGGGAGUCUUUGCUUUCUCCAUCAUGAUUGGUCAGAUGAGAGAUGUUGUUGGAGCAGCCACUGCAGGCCAGGCGUACUACAGAGCAUGUGUGGACAGCACAGUAAACUACAUGACCUCCUACCGCAUCCCCCACGAGGUUCAGAAACGGAUCAAGACCUGGUAUGACUACACCUGGCAGUCCCAGGGCAUGCUGGAUGAGCGCGAUUUGCUCGUACAGCUUCCUGAUAAGAUGCGUCUGGACAUUGCAGCGGAUGUGAACUAUUCCAUCGUCAGCAAAGUGGCCCUCUUUCAAGGCUGUGACAGACAGAUGAUAUUUGACAUGUUGAACAGGUUGAAGUCGGUGGUCUAUCUGCCAGGAGACUACGUGUGUAAGAAGGGUGAGAUUGGCCGGGAGAUGUACAUCAUUAAAGCUGGGGAGGUGCAGGUGGUGGGAGGCCCAGACGGGAACACUGUGUUUGUGACUCUGAGAGCGGGCUCUGUGUUUGGGGAAAUCAGCUUGCUGGCAGGUGGAGGUGGGAACAGGCGUACGGCUAAUGUCAGGGCACAUGGUUUCGCCAACCUCUUCAUCCUGGAUAAGAAAGACCUGGCGGAGAUCCUGGUGCACUAUCCCGAGUCAGAGAAACUCCUGCGGAAGAAGGCCAAGAAGAUGUUGACAAAGGAUAAGAAGCCUGCAGAGGAGAAGACUAAAGAAACUGGUGAGGUCAUCCCCCCACGCCCAGAGACGCCCAAACUCUUUAAGGCCGCCCUGAAGGUGGGCAAAGGAGAAACGUUCGCCAAGCUGAAGGAAACCUACAAAAGCACCGGAGCCACACUAGAGCCCUCUGCUAGCACCUCCGCUGGUGCCCCCAUCCCCCCUCCCUCCCCCAUACACCGCCGCUCACCCGUCCCACGGCUGGUCCCACAGGACGACGACGACAUGGUAUCAGAAACCACAGACAGCACCAUGGUCAUCCGUAUGACUCCCCGGCAACACGGGGAGGAGAUUCUGUCUGUGGAAGUGGGUCCUGGGGAGGAAGAGGGCGACGGUCAACGUCAGACAGAGGGAGAGAAGAAAGAUGAAUAGAAAGAGAACGUAAACAUACACUGGCCAAUGAACGGGCAGCUUGAAUCUUGACACCGUGAGAAAACACUCGCAGAAAUAAAGGUGCCGAGAGGGGUUCUUUAGAGUCACGCCAUAGAAGAAGCACUUUUGGUUCUCUAAAGAACUUUUCAAUGGAUGGGUCCUUAAAGAACCACUUUAAUGACCUAACAAACUGUUCAGUAGAUGAUUUCUUAAAGAAGCAUUCGUGGCUUCCUAAAGAACUUUUCAAUGGACAGUUCUUUAAAUAAACUUUUUUGUUUCCUUGAAGAACCUUUCA